UUUGUCGCAAAAAAUACGGAUUCUCCUAGCACAAUAUGGCGGCUGUGACAAGGUUUUCGCCGUGAUAUCACGUUGUUGAUGAUUGUAAGAGGUGAGAUUGGCAUUCGGCGCGCGCAUACGUCCAGCGCUAAUCUGUGAGCCGGCGAAUUCCCCGGGCGAGAAGAAUCGUGCGUGCUAGCAAUAUCCGACAAUCUGUCGGAGCGGCCCGAUGCGGGUCGCGCGCAUCUGCCUCCGAGCAAAUGAUGACUUCGAUGUUGCCCAGCUUUAACCCGCCUAUCGUCAAGCGGCUGUUGGGCUGGAAAAAAGCCGAGAGUGAAGACAAAUGGAGCGAGAAGGCCGUUAAAAGCCUGGUGAAGAAGCUGAAGAAGUCUGCGGGUCUCGAGGAGCUUGAGAAAGCUAUCACAACGCAGAGCUGCAACACAAAGUGCAUCACUAUACCAAGACCUAGUCCGGGCGGUGUCGGCGACAACGGUGUCCAAGGUGUUCGCGGCAAAGGUCUGCCGCACGUAAUUUAUUGUCGACUCUGGCGUUGGCCGGAUCUGCAGUCGCACCACGAACUAAGGGCAAUCGAGCACUGCGAGUACGCCUUCACUCAGAAACGUGACGAGGUCUGCGUGAAUCCUUAUCAUUAUCAACGAAUACAAACGCCAGUUUUGCCGGCUAUUCUCGUGCCGCGACACAACCUAACCGGUGACGAGAACACUGUCCUCUACAAUACCUCUCUUGAGGAACUUAGCGUAAGCGUGCCGGAAAACACGAACUUCCACGCGACGCUUAAUCAUCAACACAAUCAGCAGCAAAGCAUACCGCAAUCUCCGCAACAACAGCAGCAACCGAAUAAUCCAUACCAAGGCAUGCAGAGCAUGCAGACGAGUCCGGCGAGCGUCGGGAGUCUGGGAAGUGUGCAAGGUUCGCCUCAUCCCGCUCCAGGAUCUAUGGAUCCUCCAGCAGACACGCCACCGCCAGGCUACAUCAGUGAAGACGGUGAUAAUAUGGACCACAACGACAAUAUGUCCCUGUCGCGUCUAUCACCCAGUCCCGUAGAUGCGCAACCGGUUAUGUAUUGUGAACCCGCGUUUUGGUGUUCAAUUAGUUAUUACGAGUUAAAUACAAGAGUGGGUGAGACGUUUCACGCAUCGCAGCCGAGUAUAACGGUGGAUGGCUUUACGGAUCCAAGUAACUCCGAACGUUUCUGUCUUGGUUUGCUUUCCAACGUAAAUCGUAACUCAGUAGUUGAGCAAACCAGACGACACAUCGGCAAGGGCGUCAGAUUAUAUUACAUCGGUGGUGAAGUAUUCGCCGAAUGUUUGUCCGACUCGAGUAUUUUCGUGCAGAGUCCCAACUGCAAUCAACGUUACGGUUGGCAUCCUGCCACUGUUUGCAAAAUACCACCAGGAUGCAAUCUAAAGAUUUUCAACAAUCAAGAAUUCGCAGCGUUGCUGUCACAGUCAGUAUCACAGGGUUUCGAAGCGGUGUAUCAAUUGACGCGUAUGUGCACAAUCCGAAUGAGCUUCGUAAAAGGUUGGGGCGCGGAAUAUCGUAGGCAGACGGUUACUUCGACUCCUUGCUGGAUCGAACUGCAUUUGAACGGGCCGUUACAAUGGCUCGACAGAGUACUCACGCAGAUGGGUUCGCCUCGUCUACCCUGCUCCUCGAUGUCUUAAAUCUUUGCCUUUUGUGCGCUGCCUCGUCGUUGUCGUUGAUUGAUUUCUUCGUCACGAUAUGUGAUAGUUCAGUUCAUUUUUUUUCGAACGAAUACACUGACACGUGUAAGAAAAAAAAAUGGUUUCUAAUCUUAUUCGAUGACUCAAUACGCUCGAAGAUGCAGUCAAUAAUUGAAAAAUGAAGAAUUAUUCAGGCACAAAAUAUUAAAAGUUUCUAUGCCAAAACCACAACACACACAGUGGCUUUCUUAAAUAUCGUGCAAUUGACCAGGCAACUGUAGCGCUGGUACGAAUUGUAAAGGGAUAAAAACUUAAACGGCAACUUGCUUGUACGUGACACAAACCAACAAUAUAAACAUCAUAUUACGUAUGUUAAAUAAUACAGCUCUUGUGUCCUACUACAGUUAUGAUUGAAGAAAGAAGAAGAUACUAUACAUAAAGACCUAUACAUAAAGAAACACAAAGCUUUACUUGACGCACUUAUAUCGCGCGCAUAUGCACCACAAGACGUAUCCAGAGUGAUCAUAAUACGAAUUUAGUCGAUUCGUAUAAGAAGCAAAACAUAGAGAAUAAUUUAUAUAUAUAUAUAUAUAUAUUACACACAUACACACACACAUAUAUAUAU